AUAAAAAUUAUCCGAAAGAUAAAAGAGGGGAAGUUGAGGUAGUUGACUUCUGUGAUUUUAAAGUAGAGGGUCAUUUAGAUUUAAGUGAUUUUGUUAAUUUGAAAGAGUUGAAUCUGCGAUAUAGCAGAAUAACCAAAUUAGACCUGAGCCACAACUCUAAACUAACCCAAUUAGAAUAUGAUUAUCAUUUGGCUCCCAAUCUCAAAGGCUUAAAAAAUACUUCAAUAAUUUGGCUGGAUGCCCAGUACUACUCCCAAGAAUUUUCCGACUCCCAAGAAAUUUGGCAAAUUUUAGUGAACGUAAGAAAAGAAUGUUUCCCGGAAAUGAAAUUGAUUGAUUUUUCUGAUCUCAACCAGUUAGCUGUUAAAACAAACAAAGAAACAGUUAACCAAAGAAAUUUUUCCAGCGAAGUUUUUCCUUCUCCUCCCAAUCCCAAAGAACUUCAUGGCUUAAAAUGUUUUUGUUGUAAUCGUACUAUCCCUAAAACUUCUGCCGGAGCCACCUACGUUCCUAAGCACCAAGAACUAGUUAAUAAAGUUCUGAGCGGGGACAAAGAACUUAUUGAACUCAAGACAGAAAAAGAAACUAGCGAAGAACUUCGCAAGCAAACGGAAAAAGAAAAAACAGACCACCAACAAACUAAACCAAAUCACCAAUCCCAACUUAAAGACCUAACCACCAUACUAUUUCCUAGUAAUAGUUGUAAUAGUUUUGCUAAUUUUGCUUUUGCUGAUUUGAAAAAGCAAGCGAGCCAAAUUAUCCAAGAAAACCAAGAAGCCCAGGUCAAAAUCUCAGAAUUAGAAAGUCAAAUUAGCAAUUUGAAUCAACAACUCUAUUCUAUUCAACAACAAACCGCACUUAGCCAAGGAGAAAACCUAAAAACCGCUAUGGAAAAAGAGAAAAAAAUUAAUAAUUUAGUAGAAGGAGGCUAUUGA